AUGGUCGCCUUCGCCGCCUGCAUCCUCGAAUUUCCGGUGGCAUAUGUUCCUAGCGGCGACGGUUCAGAUCCGUUCCUCGCCGGUAUCCCUCUCGAUGUGUACGAGUGUGUUCUAGUACAACCUGUGCUGGGCCUGCCAGAACACAUCAUGCUCAAGUUCUCCUGCCCGCAAACGAUUACUGCCGAAGUCUCGGAGUUGCGACCGGACGUUCUUGGGGAAAGACUAAGAGCGCGGUUCGCCGAACGGCUGGAGCGAGCGGGGUUCAGGGGAACUCUACUUUUACGACAUACGGUAGAGACUAUGGACAGAGUGGCUUUGUAA